AGUCCAACGGAAUCUCGGAAAAGAUACGGCACGAAACGACACGAUACGACACGACAUAUACGACGCAGCCGAGCGGAGAAUCACGACGAGCAGAAUAGCGAAGUAAGAAUUGUCAAUACGCGGGGUCGAAACUACGCGUCGACCACCGUUGGCGCUUCAAUAGAGCACCGGAGCAAGGAGGAGGAGGUGGUGGUGGAAGAGAAGACACCAACAACGCCGUGACUCGUCGUUCGUCGAAAAGUUCGUCUUGGUCCGCCAGUCAGGAUGUCAUCCAAGCCCGUGGAAAAGCCCGAGCAAGUUUUAAUUAUCGAGCCGCAGAGCGAGCUACGAUUCAGAGGCCCUUUUACAGGAGGUCCAGUCACAUCAUAUAUAAAAUUAAUUAAUCCAACGAAUAAAAAAGUAUAUUUUAAGAUAAAGACAACUGCCCCAAAGAGAUAUUGUGUACGUCCAAAUUCUGGAGCCCUCAAGCCAAAGGAUGUCAUUGAAAUAGCAGUAUGCUUACAGCCAUAUGAUUUUGACCCAUCGGAGAAAAACAAACAUAAAUUUAUGGUGCAAACUGUAAUAGCACCAGAUGAUGAUGAUGAUGAAUAUCCAGUUGAUGUAUGGAAGGAUAUAAAUCCGGAUCAGUUAAUGGAUUCGAAACUGAAAUGCGUUUUUGAAAAUCCUGUGACUAGUACUACUUCUACAGCUAAAACGACUGCAACUACUACGACAACUAAGCCAGAUUCUAAUGCGACUAACGGAAAGAAUAAACCAAUCGGCGAUUCUGUCAAAUCGUCCCCUAAGGUACUUGGUGAGGCAGAAGAGAAACUGUUAAAGGCUGCACAAGAAGUUAAUCAGCUUAGGGUAGAAGAAAGCACGCUUAGGCAGGAAAAUCUUCAACUUAGGGAAGAUUUAAUGAAAUGGCGAAACGCGGCGUUGGGUAACGAUGGAAACCUUGCAGCAGCUAGAGGUCUAACCUCACAGAGCAAUAGCCAGUUAUCUCCGACAUCAACUAGUGUCCUCAUCGCCAUUGCCAUGGUUAUAGUCGGCUACUUGUUGGGAAAACUAAUCUGAACAACCUUUAUCUUAUUGUAUACCUCAGUGUAUCCCCACCGCCCCCAAGUUUUUUUAGCCUGUCUUCUGCCGUCACAUGUCAUCGUUCGAUCGCAAACACAGACUUCAAACGUUGCGUUAUUCGAAUGUUCAUAAUAAAUGCUAUAAACAUGAACGGUAGUGGUCUACAUUAAUAGAGCUGCUCGUUACGGGUGUGUGCUUAAGCUGGUAAUAUGCUUGGUUAAAAAUAUUUUUCAUUUAUCUCUGUCUUAUUUUUUUAAGAAAUAAAUUUAAUUAAAGAACGGUUAAAUAACGUUCGGUUUUGUAUUUAUCACAAUUACGUUUCCGCUCGUGUGCUUUUUUUGUAAAGGGAUUUUUGCUUUGUAAUUUAUGUCCUUGAAACUGUUGGGAAAUGUACUCUCGCAAGUAGCGAAUAACAAAUUUAAAUUUACAAAUAUGUGUCCAAAAUCGUUAUUCGUUAUCUAUAUCGUUUUAAAACCUCUGGAAUUACAAGUUCUCUUUCACUGAUUGUAUCGUAUUCUUUCUCAAACUUGUAAACCACUUAUUCGGAAUAAGCCGGGCUAUACUGGUGCAAAAGAUCACACGCGAAUGAGUGAAGGUGCUAUUACUAUCAUAGAAUAGCAUCUUUAUACAUAUAAUAUGAUUCUUUUCUCUCUUACUAUACAUAAAUAAAAUUGUACAACCUGGGAUCCAGAAAAUGUGCGAGUGUACCGAAGCGGUCGAAUCGCUACUGCUUACCUCAGUUUGGUACCAAGCGCUAUUCUCGUUCUCUCGUUGCGCACGUAUUGUGUCCAUUUGAAAAUGUGUAAUAUACAUAGUCGGGGUCGGAGGGGAAGAAGGGGUUAUCAGAAGCGGGCCUGGCUGAUGAAGAGUAGUGGUUCACGAUUCAACAAUUGGUUGUGCUGGUCGCUAUGUAUUCACCAGCGUUGAUAUAUUAAAUGAAAACAAAAAAAAAGAAAAAAUACAAGAAAUCGUUAAAAUGCAUUGAAUUUACUUUACGCUUCAGAGAAAGUGUACUUUUUAUUUCUUUAUGUUUAUCUUACGAAAAUAACGAAUAAAGAUAUGUCUCGGAUAUCACAAA